AAAAAGCGCCUUGAAUGAAGCGAGAGAGACUGGAACAGGAUCAUCGCUCACAGGAUCAGCAUAUUUUUUAGUUUAUGCUGGUGCAUAGGCCAUGUCUGAAGAGGAGCUUCUCUCAGUGGACUAUGAGGUAUUCGGGAAGGUGCAGGGUGUGUUCUUUCGAAAAUAUACCCAGUCUGAGGGGAAGAAGCUUGGCUUGGUUGGCUGGGUUCAAAACACUGGAGCUGGGACAGUGCAAGGACAGCUUCAAGGUCCUACCCCCAAAGUCAGACAGAUGCAAGAAUGGCUAAAAACCACUGGGAGUCCACAGUCACGGAUCAUCAAAGCUGAAUUUAAAAAUGAGAAGAAAAUUGAAAAUCUGGAUUACAAGGACUUCAAAGUUGUGCGUUAG